GCGGUCAGUUAAGGUCGAAAGCUCGUCAGUAGCGGGUGCGGUUGGCAGAAUCAAACAUCACGAUUGAUUGUAUACGUCAUCAGAGUUGUGACGAGGACCGCUUUUCUUUUGUCUUUUUAAGCCUGGAUCGGCUCAUGCAAUUGCAACCGAAACCAUGACGAAGAGAUUGGGACCGUUGUUGCUGACGCUAAGUUUUCAGAUUUCAACGGCCAUCGUCUGGAACAGUAAUUACAACGGCCCUCCCAUCCAACAGCCCGGCAAUAGGUUUACGAAUUGUGGAUCGAGUGUGCUACUGAACCCUUUGCUACAGUCAGCUGUGUUUCUCGCGCCUCCAACGUAUCCGAACCCUUAUGAAGCCUUCACUUUCUGCUCAUGGAUGAUCUACAGCACGACCGCGAACAGCCUGACCCUCAGCUGCCAGGUGUUUGACCUGCCGGCGAGCGAGCAGUGCAGCACGGGCGCGUACCUGUCCGUUGACGAUGGUCUUCAAAAUACGCGGAGGUACUGCGGAGGUAGCGCUGCCCCCCAGCAGGUGACCUCGUCGACCUCCUUCCUCAGCGUGUUCUUCUGGAGCGGCCCGGGCGGCGGGGGAACCUCCACGGGCUUCUACUGCACCGUCUCGCUUCUCUCGUCGAGUUUUACGACCUUGCCGCCAGGAUUUACUACGCCGCCUAAUACUAGUUGUCGUUGCGGACGCCGGGGCUCGGGGGCUCGCGUGGUCGGGGGCGAAGACGCUUCCUUGCACGAGUUCCCUUGGCAGGCCCUCGUGCUCUUGCCCAACGACAGCAGCUUCUGCGGCGGCACCCUCAUCAACGAGCGCUUUGUCCUCACCGCCGCUCACUGCCUCCUCCCGCCGGAGCUACCAACAGGGUCGUUGCCGGAGGUGGUCCUGGGCGAGCACGACCGCAGCACGUCCGCCGAGACGACCGUGACUCGGACGGUGAAGGUGAGACGCCUGUGGCCGCACGAGAACUACGACGAAGGGAAGUCCCGCGACAACGACAUCGCCCUUAUCGAACUGGCGGAGGACGUCGACUUCGACAGGGUGGAAAUAGCGCCAGCGUGUCCACCCGACGCCGGCAACAGCUACGAGAAUGCGGAUGCUGUAGUCACGGGCUGGGGGUUGGACGAAAACGGCCAACUCCCCAACAUACUCCAGAAGGCCGACGUAAGGACAAUCCCCACCGCCACAUGCAGGGCCCAGUACCCCAGCAGCGCCAUCACCGCCAACAUGAUCUGUGCGGGAGCGGCUGGACGGGACGCCUGCUUGAGUGACAGCGGCGGCCCUCUGGUGACCUACAUCGGAACUUCGUGGCAGUUGAUUGGCCUGUCGUCCUUCGGCCCCGUGCCUUGUGGAGACCCAGACCGCUUUGGAGUCUAUACCAGAGUUGGGAAUUACAUUCCCUGGAUAAUCAACAAAAUAGGCAACGCUCGCACAUGUCUGCCGUGAACCACCAUAUCAGCUGAUUUUGUUCGUCGAAUAAAGGUCGUCGAGAGGCAGUUAAUUGCUGAAAUGGUUCUAUGAUUAUUUAUGUUUAUAAAAAAGCAAAAUGUAUCUUUGACUGGUAAUUUUCCGCACAUUUUUGGUCUUCAAUUGAUUCCUCUCACUCUCUAAUAUCCAAUUAUGUAAAAGUUAUAGUGCGUUGUCUCUCCUGCCGUUAAUACGUGGAGGAUUCUGUUAACCUGGGUGGGGGUUGGGGGACGGCAACCCCCUUAGGUGGUUUGCAGAGGGCCAUAACCCCCUAUAUAUAUUCAUAUUUUACCCCGCAAUUUCCCUGGUAUCUUCCAUGCCCUCCCCUACUUUCUAAGUCAAGGUUAUUGCUAAUGGAGGGGGCGGAGGGGGGGGGGUCGAGCAAUAAUUUACAAAUAUUUGGAUUGUAGAGAAUGGGAGGAAUCCAUUGAUACCAAGAUUGUCGCGAUCCGUUAUGCGGAACUAUUGUGUAAAAUUACUUUUUGAUCAUAUUAGGGUGAUAAAGGGAGUCGGGAAAUCUGAAAAAAAAAACUGUUUUACAUUAACUGCCUCGUGGCAUCAAACCUGUGAAAUCACUUGUUAUCUCUGUCAUACUAUUUCAUCUAAAAUACUUUAUAUAUGUUCCCUACGAUUGUUGCAAUAACCAUGUACAAGAUUGAAUAAAGCGUGCCUUAUAAA